ACUUCAACUCCAAUUUUUGAUAUUUUUGAUAUUCAUAGACCGUGGAGUAUUUCUCUCUUUAACUACGAACUCCAAAAAAUUUAAUUUUGAAUCCAAAUCCAACAAUUUCGAUUCCCAAACCCCACAUUUUCAACCUUCAAAAUGUUCUCCAACAACUGGCGCGUUAAGCAAGACACUCCUCAAAGCCCAAGCGGCGAAGAGAGAGUAUCUCCUUGGUCCUCUUCAAGAAAUCGUGGAGUUGGUGGUAAGGAUGGUGGUGAUCGACCAUCUCAAGGCCAGGGGAGAUUUUCUCGAAACGAGGCAGGUGACUCGCCAAGAAAAUCUUCACAACUCACAGAGUCGGACAAGGCUAUUGAGGAAGGUCGUCGCAUUUACGUUGGUAACUUAAGUUACGAUACCACCCCAGAGGACAUUGAAACCAUUUUCCAAGAUGUUCCACGUGAAUCUCGAACUGUUCAUAUGUCCAUCGAUUCCAUGACAAAGCGCAACCCUGGUUACUGUUUCGUUACUUUCACCACCAAGGAUAUGGCUGAGGAGGCUUUGAAUCGUUAUGACGGUCAAGAAUUCAAAAACCGUACACUCAGAGUUAAGCCUGGUGUGAGAUCAGACCGUAGCACUCGUCCACAAGGAACCUCGUCAGAGACUCCUCUUUACACAAACGACCGCUGGAAGAGCUCUGACAGAGAAACUUCCCAGCGUCCAGAACGUCAAGUAGACUCUUCUUCUCAGGAUGGUCGAAGACUUUACGUUGGAGGACUACCAAGAAUUGAUGAUCAAGAAACAGCAAACCGCAAGAUCAGAGAAAUCUUUGAAGGUUUUGAUGUUGAAGUUGUUAGCAAGUUGAUCUCUCCACACCCUUCCAAGGUUGAGGAAGGUGGCAACCACUAUUACUGUUUCGUUGAUCUUGCCAACAAUACUCAAGUCAAUGAUGCAGUUAAGAUGUUCGAUGGCAAUGAGUGGGGUCUUAAGGUCAGUCGUGCGUCCGGAGGAGCCUCAGGAAAAGUUGUUGAGAAGCAAAGAAUCUAUGUCGGUGGUUUACCAGAUUUCGGAGACGAGGCCGCAACCGAGGCAGAGAUUAGAGAGCUUUUCAGCGAGUAUACUGUUAAGUGGGUCAGCAAGUUGUGCUCCCCAAGAGAACCAAGAGAGGGCAAUAGCCAUUUCUGCUUCGUUGAAUUACAAGAUAGUCAAGAAGCUGAUGGAGCUAUCGUCAAUUUGGAUUGGUCUGAGAAAUGGGGUGGAAAGAUCAGAGUCAAGCCUAGUUUGUCCAACGCUCAAUCCAAACAAGGAGAAACUCCAACCAGAGGAUGGAGAGGAAAGAGUGACAGAGAGUAAGCAUGAUAUGGUAUCAUCCAAUCAGAUAUACCAACCUUAAAUAGUUUGCAUACCUCGCGCUUCAGUUAUGAUAUGUAUUAGCGAUUUGCAUACAUCAGACUGCUAAUGGGACAUUUGAUGUCAUAUCCACAUUUCUUGAGUAACAAGAUCUGUCAAUGGCUACGAUACACUUGCAUAAAUAUUAGUUUCAUACCCAGCUGCGGCUGUAAUUUGCUGGAUGCAAAUAGGCUAGCAGGCGAUACCCAAUCUGAAUACAAAUAUAU